CGGGCGCGCCGCGGGGGCAGCCGGGGUUCCCUCGCGAUGGCCGGCGUCUUCGACCUCGACCUGGAGACGGAGGAGGGCAGCGACGGGGAGGAGCAGGCUGAACUGGGGGGCCUGGACGUGGACCCAGAUCUCCGCUGCAGUGGCUCCGACCUGGUGCCAGGAUAUUAUGAAGAAAUUGAAAUCUCUGAGCACAUUGUCAACCAUGGCCCAGAGCGCAUUGGACCCCACUGCUUCGAGCUGCUGCGUGUUUUGGGCAAGGGCGGCUAUGGCAAGGUAUUCCAAGUACGGAAGGUGCAAGGCACAAAUGCUGGGAAGAUCUUUGCUAUGAAAGUGUUAAGGAAGGCCAAGAUUGCCUGUAAUGCCAAGGACACGGCCCACACAAAGGCUGAGAGAAAUAUCUUGGAGGCCAUCAAGCACCCAUUCAUAGUGGACCUCAUGUAUGCCUUCCAAACUGGUGGCAAGCUCUACCUCAUCUUGGAAUGCCUCAGCGGAGGGGAACUGUUCAUGCAGCUGGAGCGCGAAGGCAUCUUUAUGGAGGACACAGCCUGUUUCUAUCUGGGCGAGAUCACUUUGGCCCUUGGCCACCUCCAUUCAAAUGGCAUCAUCUACCGAGAUCUCAAGCCGGAGAACAUAAUGUUAAACAGCCAAGGACAUAUUAAGCUAACGGACUUUGGCCUCUGCAAGGAGUCUAUUCACGAUGGAGCUGUCACCCACACCUUUUGUGGCACCAUAGAGUACAUGGCCCCAGAAAUACUGAUGCGCAGUGGUCACAAUCGUGCAGUGGACUGGUGGAGCCUCGGUGCUCUGAUGUACGACAUGCUCACUGGCUCGCCUCCAUUUACGGCUGAAAACCGCAAGAAGACAAUUGACAAAAUUCUGAAGGGGAAGCUGGUGUUUCCACCCUACUUGACACCAGAUGCCCGUGACUUGAUUAAGAAGUUCCUCAAAAGGAAUCCCAGUCAGAGAAUCGGAGGUGGACCAGGUGAUGCUGCAGAUGUUCAGAGGCACCCAUUCUUCCGACACAUUAACUGGGAAGACUUGCUGGCGAAGACCAUUGAUCCACCCUUCCGGCCAUCCCUGCAAUCUGAUGAUGAUGUUAGUCAAUUUGACACCCGUUUUACCCGUCAGACUCCUGUGGAUAGUCCGGAUGAUGGCUCCCUCAGUGAGAGUGCCAAUCAAGCCUUCUUGGGAUUUACUUACGUAGCCCCAUCGGUGUUGGAGAGCAUUAAGGAAGGUUUCUCCUUUCAGCCCAAGCUGCGAUCACCACGGCGACUCAACAGCAGCCCCCGCACACCUGUCAGCCCAUUAAAGUUCUCACCUUUUGAGGCCUUCAAGCCAAGCACAGCAGUGGAACUCAUGGAACUGUCAGCGCCCCCUCUCGUGCCUAUAACAGAAGUCACCGCCCCGUUACCCAUCAAAACACCUUCUGGCAACAAGAAGAAGAAAGGGCGAGGGCGGGCAAGGUAGUUGGCAUGCCAAAGAGACCCUUGGAUGGACUGCUUGCCUGCCAACCUUUCGGAGUGGGACCCUCUCCUUGCAUGGGGUGGGGGAUAGUGCUGUUCCAGAGUGUAUGCAAAUCCUGAUGGGGAGCACAUUUCCUCACCAUCCACACGCGCACAGUGCUAGGGCCCACUCCCCACCCCAGCUGCCAAGGCCUGUGUGGCAUUGGUACUUCAUCCAUAUAAGGAAUAAUCUACACUGAACUGGAUUAAUGAACGAAUCCAGCUCAGUAUUUAUUUAUUUUUUUGUCAUGUCUGGAGCGACUUGAGGAAAUGCAAGUCGCUUCUGGUGUGAAAGAAUUGGCCGUCUGCAAGGACGUUGCCCAGGGGAUGCCCGGAUGUCUUGGUGGCUUAUCAUAUGAUAAAUUAUGAUAAGAAUCAAAGGAUCUUAGGACACAUAAAGGAGGCUAGCAAUAGUCUCUUGCUGUCUUUAUAAGAAGAUGAGUGGGGCUAGGGAUCUCUUGGCUUUUUUAGUCACAGCAAGGACAUCGUUUGGUUUCCCUUGUUGCUGCUGUAUCUCUGCCAGUUCAAGGUUUAACAGCUUGUCAGGCAAAAAAGAAUAAUGCUGGCAGAGCAAAAGGAUCCAAUUGGAUGCUUCUGUGUAGAAUUUGGACCCCCUCUGGGAAACAUUUUUGCUUGCCUUGCUUUUUUCCAGCAUCCACCCAAGUGCCAAAAAGGACGUUUCCCUCCCUUUACAUCUCUCUGCUGCAAGAUACUGUAAUCCAGACCCCUCUUUAUUUGGCCUUUUUUCUUCACCUCCUCAGUAUGUCUGAAUCUGAACUUGUUACAAAGGAAAUCAUGGUUGCUCAGAAAAGGAGCAGCUUCUUACACAUUUUAGUAACUUCUCACAAGAAUGACUCCUGUGAUUUGCAUGAGGACAAAG